AUGAUGAUUGAACCCUCGUGUGGUUUGAACCAGCAUCCUUUCAAUCGCCAGCCCGGAUAUUUAACCACUAAACGAGAGCACCCGGACACCGACUGUGAUGUUUAAGAAAAUCAACGCAGUUUUCCGUCCGAACCAUCUUGGGCCUCGCUCACGGGACAGGUUCAAGUCCAAUGAGGAUUACCACAGCGCGUGCACCGUGAAACUGGUUCGGAGCACGUCGAUGCUCGUGGUCGGGGAGAGCAGUCGCGCGCAGCAGGACUCCACACUGAAGAGGAGCGUGAGCGCCGUGAGUGUCCAUUCCAGCACGGCCCUGUACUACUACCAGAGUCGAGAGGACCGAGUAUGGCUCUAUUCCCAGAACCAGAACUGCUUAGAGUACUUACAGGAACUGGUCGCGCUCAGGCGUCAGUACACCAAGAGCAUCAAUGACCUCAACAACAGCGAGCGGAAAGAGACCGCGUCCCGCAAGAAGAACCCCGCACCUCGGCCACCGCAAAACAGAGCUGCACAGACUUCACGGCCUGAACCUUCUGCUCCACCAAUCCCAAAUGAGGAAGACACUCUCCAGUUCUUUGAUGCAGUCAUUGCAAGCUGUGACCCAGAACCCAGUCGAAAACCACAUGUGGACAACGGGCAUGCAGAUGUGGACUUUAUAGUGGCAACCAGUACCAGUGAGCAUGACCUUCACUCAAACUGGGUGCUUCGGGACCCUCGUCGAAUCUCCAUGACGGAGUCACAGCCCAAGAAUUCAGAUAUCAGUCAUGGGCAAGCAGCCCAGCGGAAGGGACACAUGGGAAGCACAUGCAGCAGGAGAUGUCUGCAACGAAACCCUAUCCACCUGCCAAAAGUGGUAGAGAGUGCCUUUCAGACUCUGCGCUUCAAACCCAAGCUCAAGAAGAAAGACUAGCUGCCUAAUCAACACUGUUAUUCCACUGUUUGUGCCCAGAGGACAACUGAAUGCUCACUGUUGUGUGAUCAAGAAGUUGGGCCUGGUAGAGGACGUGAGCUCUGUGACAUGUCAGUGCUUACUCACUGCCCAAGCUUCAUAAAUAAUCCACAGCAGAUUAGAAUCUCUUUUUCAGUAGCUUUCCAUAGCAAACACUUAAGGCAAUCAGCAGAGCGUGACCGUUCUGCUUGAAGUGGAACAAUCAUCCUACGCACUGAUUCCAGACAGAGCAACUGGAAUUUCCUUAUCACAAUUACUCAGAUCUGAGGAUCACCUAUCUGAUGAACCAGUCAGAUCACCAGUAGCAGUUCCACCAGGAGUGUG